GCCUUCUGCGCUAGGAUAGGCUAGAAGUGGACUAUAUGUGGACGGACUGUUUGUAAACGCGAACCACCAGCCCAGAAUGCGAAACACUACCAGCCAAUCCUGGAGAAAGAGGUGGAGGGGGUUCCUGAAUAUGGGUGGGUUGAAAAAUAACGCGGUACAGUGCGGUUGAAAAGCGUGUAUCUUCAACCCAACCGUCUGCGCCCUGGUCCUUGUUGGUAUGCACAGCAAUGCUUGACUGCAGAUUCGAUUGAACGCGUUAACUAACUGCCUAAUGGCUCUUCGUGAUAAGCCAGAGUCGUCAUAUUGCGACAAAGACUGAAAAAAAAGAUCUAGGCCUUUCUUUACAAAAUCGCUGCGAUUUACCUGGAGGGUAGACAGGUAGGGGACAGGGAGCUGAGACGCAAUGCUGAAAACUGAUGCAUUGUAUGUUGAGGCUUUACAGACGCUCCUUGAUGCAUGCUGCUUUCGAUUCUGUGGCUUUGCUGGUUUGCGCGAGCACUCACUUUGUUUUCUGCAUGGAUGACUGUCACUUGUGUUCGAUGAUGAGCUCGAGAGCGCUCCGUUCUCAAAUGACUUUGCUCUGGCAUCCGUGAAGUUGCUAUGAAUCACCUUACCGGCAAACAGGCUGCAUCAUUUUGCUGCGUAAAGCCACUAUUUCCAGUAAACUAGCUAAUCACGAUCAGAGAGAGUUCCGCUUUCCUAUAGAGACAAUACACAACAUGCAUCCUUGACGGGGCUACCUUUGCUAUUUCAAGCUAUUGUCGGCCACCUGAAGCUCGUGCACGCGUCCGUAUUAUGUGAGACGCGCGCUCCUCAUUUGCCCCCUUAUUUUCCCGCUCUGCGCUCUUCACGCCCCCUGCGCGCGCCCCCCUCCCCAUACCCACUCUUCAGACAAACCUGCCGUGCGGAGUGUAGAGCGAGCCGCUCUGGAGGGAGGUGAGGACACACCUCUGCUGCCCCUCUCUUUUCCUCAUCCUCCUCCUCCCCUCCCUCUGCACCACGCGCCCACAACCCGGGCAUUGCCUGGAUUGACGCCGCCGCACGAGCGUUUGGCGUUUCGCGUCUCGGAGCCUCGCGCCGCCGUCCUCGUGCAGAAGAAGCGGGCACGCGGCGGUAGAAGUUUAUCCACAGAGUGAAUCCUGUGGUGGCACGCUGUGGCCCUCAGCUCUGUACAGCGUUGAGCCCCCUCCCUCUCAGAUUCCCUCCCUCCAUUUCCCCACCCUGUGGUGCCUGACUCAGGUGAAAAGUGCAGGCCUCACCCUCCUGCAUAAUGACAGUGGCCACGGGCGACCCCUCAGAUGAGGCGGCAGCACACCCGGGCCACCCUCAGGACUAUGACGCAGAGGCAGAACAGGAGUGCUGCGAGAGAGUUGUCAUUAACAUUUCGGGGCUACGCUUUGAGACGCAGCUCAAGACCCUCUCGCAGUUUCCAGAGACUUUGCUUGGAGACCCCAAAAAGCGCAUGAAAUAUUUUGACCCUUUAAGGAAUGAGUACUUCUUUGACAGAAACCGGCCAAGCUUUGAUGCCAUCCUCUACUACUACCAGUCUGGAGGAAGGCUACGGCGCCCUGUAAAUGUGACUCUGGAUAUAUUCUCAGAAGAAAUUCGUUUUUAUGAGCUUGGAGAGGAGGCUAUUGAGAUGUUUCGAGAGGACGAAGGUUUCAUCAAAGAAGAGGAGAGGCCUCUACCUGAUAAUGAGUUCCAGAAGCAGGUAUGGCUGCUGUUCGAGUAUCCAGAAAGUUCAGGACCAGCAAGGAUUAUAGCCAUUAUAUCUGUCAUGGUGAUUCUUAUAUCUAUAGUCAGCUUCUGCUUAGAGACUUUACCUAUCUUCCGUAGUGAUGAGGAAGAACAUAACGUCAACAAUUACAAUACCAAUUCCACCACCAACUACUCGUCUACCUAUUUCACAGACCCUUUCUUCAUCCUGGAGACGCUCUGCAUAAUCUGGUUUACCUUUGAAUUCCUGGUUCGUUUCUUCGCCUGUCCCAGCAAAGCCAGCUUCUUUGUGAAUAUAAUGAAUAUGAUUGAUGUGGUGGCCAUCAUUCCCUAUUUCAUCACACUAGGAACAGAACUGGCAGAAAAAGCAGAGGAUGGUCAGCAAGGGCAGCAGGCCAUGUCUUUAGCCAUCUUGCGAGUCAUCAGGCUGGUGAGGGUCUUCAGAAUCUUCAAGCUCUCUCGACACUCCAAGGGACUCCAGAUUUUGGGCCAGACCCUGAAGGCCAGUAUGAGGGAGCUUGGCUUGCUCAUCUUCUUCCUCUUCAUUGGAGUCAUCCUCUUCUCCAGCGCUGUCUACUUUGCUGAGGCAGACGAACCAGAAUCCCAGUUCUACAGCAUCCCUGAUGCCUUCUGGUGGGCUGUGGUUACCAUGACGACAGUUGGCUAUGGAGACAUGGUACCGACCACUAUCGGUGGGAAGAUUGUUGGUUCGCUUUGUGCCAUUGCUGGUGUGCUGACCAUUGCCUUGCCUGUUCCUGUCAUUGUCUCAAAUUUCAAUUAUUUCUACCAUCGUGAGACAGAGGGCGAGGAGCAGGCCCAGUAUCUCCAGGUUAAUGUCCCCAAAGCUGAUUCCCAAGAAGAGCUAAAAAGAAGUAGAAGUGGUUCCACCAUCAGCAAGUCUGACUAUAUGGAAAUCCAGGAAGGGGUGAACAACAGCAAUGAGGAUUUUCAGGAGGAGGACCUCAAAAAAGGCAAUUGCACUCUAGCCAACACAAACUAUGUCAAUAUCAAAAAAAUGCUCACAGAUGUGUAAUCAACUGGGAUUACAUUAAUGAUCAGUGAGAUGGCCGUCUCAGGCUAUAAAAGUUUUUGAAACUGUAAAGCAAUGCACUAAAGAUGAUCCAGAAGUGUCAGAACUUCUGCUAUUGACAUGAGAUUAACAAUUUCACUCAGAGACCUCAACAACAGACCAGCCCUCCAUAAGAUCCAUAUCCAAAUGUUGAUCCGAGUCUGCAUGCAAUUAGCUUUCGUCUUUGCGACUCUUAUUCAAAAAAUCCAAACAUCUCACAAUAAUAGCCAAACAGUAGAAACUACAGGAGGAUGAAGAGAUAACCUCGUCACAAGAGUUCCAGACUGUGUACCUCCAAUGUACCAUAUAUGCAUCAACACUCAAGUAUCCUUCCCUCAAAGUCCAGCUACAUCUCCUUGCUUCUCCAAAGAAAAUGUUAUUUGUGUGCUUCUUCUGCUGUAAGGAACGUGAGGCCUCACAGGGGGUAUAAUAAUAAUGAAACAAAAAUAUACAAACAGGAACUUCC